UUUUUCAAUAUGCCUCUUAACAAUGGAAAUGAUUUGCUUGCAGCGAUUCAUCACAAAGGAGCAAAGGAUGAAAAAAGCACUUCAUCAAUUCUAUUGAAUUCGUUGCAUUUUAAGCAAGCUCAAGAGAGGGAUGAAUUAGAGAAGCUCUUUUUAAAAAUUAGUUGCAAGAAUGAUGAGCUUAGUCAUGAUGUUGGCAAUGUGUGUAGAAGUGAAGUUUGUUCCGGGCCAAGUCCGCCUUAUGGCCAAAGGAUCAUUAAUGGACAGCAUUAUGAACCUCUGCCAACUUUUCCUGUAACUUCACAUCAACAGAUAGGGCAUCAACAGAUUGGGAAUUAUCAAUUUCAACAGUCGCUCAUGUCCAACUAUUAUCAGCAAUUUCCACAGUUUUGGUUAAAUAAUUAUCAACAAGCGGUUCAACUUCAAUUGAAUUAUAAUCCAGACUUAUCAUCGCAGGUGAAUGGACAAUCGCUCAGAAAUUUAUCUAAUCAACGGCAUAUUGCUGACAAACAAUUUUAUAAUGGUUUGUGAGAUAUUUGUUGUCUAAGGUUGACGGAUCCGGAUCCAAAAAAGUUAGGAUUAGGGCUCGAUAUUACGUGGCGGGGACUGUUUACGGGGAAUUCGUGUUAGGGAAUGUGGCGGGGGAAGGGAGAAGCCCCCCGCUAGCUUCUCCCUUGGAACCCCUCACAUCAGAUCCAAAAAUUGUGGUUCGAACAUUAGGUCCUGGGAUUUCCCGGGAUCCGCCAACCUUUGUAUUUUCUAAGUAUAAUUUGUCAUAUUUUUUUUGCAAUUUAUCUAUAUUUUGUAUUUAUUUCUUAUAUUCUAUAAAGC